AUCCAAAAUUGUUGGGAAAUGUACCCCACAACCCUACAUAUGUAGGACACAAACCCCAUCUAUAAAGGCUAGGGCAAGGACUGACUUCACACACACCACAACCAUCCACUGUCCUUCAAAAUUACUCCUAAUUUAAUGAUGGUACAUUCCAGAUUUUCAAAGCCAUCCUCUUCUUGCCAUGGCCUUGUAGCCACUAUUACCCUCUUGUACUUGAUAACCAUUUCGGUCACAAACACCUGUUUGGCUGCAAGAAUUGAACCCCAUGUCAAGACCAACACACGGUUCAUCAAAUCCUCGUGUGGGGUAACAAUGUAUCCCAAGUUAUGCUUCAAAACCCUCUCUGUUUAUGCCAGCUCCAUCCAAACAAGCCCUACGGAACUGGCGAAUGCUGCCCUCACCGUGAGCCUGAAAGGCGCUCAGGCGACUUCAACCACGGUAGCAAACCUGUCGAAAGGGCACGAUUUGAAGCCAAGCGAAGCUAGUGCUAUAACGGAUUGCGUGGAGAACAUGGAAGACUCCGUGGAUGAGCUGAAGCAAUCGCUGGUGGCGAUGGAGGAUUUAGAAGGACCGGAUUUCGAAACGAAAAUGGGGAAUAUAUUGACAUGGGUAAGCGCUGCGUUGACAGAUGAGGAUACGUGCAUGGAUGGGGUGGAAGAGGCUGGUAUGAAGGGGAAAAUUAGGAGAACUAUUAGGGGCUAUAUUGUCAAUGUUGCUCAGUUAACUAGCAAUGCUUUGGCACUCGUUAACAAAUUAUCAUCUACUUAAUUAGUCACCAUUAGACAUGUAAUUCUGUAUCUCACGUUAUAUCUAGUCGUAUAUAUUUAUUAUUUUAUUGCUAA